AUGGAGACCCCAGACGACUCCCAAGUCCAAUCCCAGGAUUUACCCAUCCGUACCGUCACCAACGACAACCCACAGCCUGAAUCUCCCAAAGAAGACGCUGCCGACGCUCCCCAGCAGCCCCGAGUUGACGACCCAGACGAGGGAGAAAACGGAGAGAAUAUUAACACGGUCGACUGGGUUGAUCCCACGCAACAGGAGAAGAAGAAAAAGAAGAGGAGCAAGAAGUCCAAGAGCAAGCGUGGAAAGACCAAACCUACUGGUUUCGAGGAAUACUACGUCGAUGCACCUAUUACCCCCGAGCAGUACAGUCAUGAGCGGGAGAUCUAUGAUGAGACCAGGCCUAUCAUUCACCGUAUGGAAGAUGCUAUCCUGCGCUUCCAGAAGAACCGUCGUAUCGAACCGGACCGUCGAGAGAUAUUCACCAAGUACCUGGCGUACGGAGGCGUUGACGUCGGCCCUAAGAUGUUUGGCGGCGUGGAUGACCACGAUCUCAAGGAAAUGGACAACGAGGAGAUCCUCCUGACCAGAGGCCAGGCGAGCAUUGCGCAGGAGCGAGCUGAUCUGGAGAUUGACUUUGAUGUCGUGGUCAAGGGCUAUUUAACCUCGUACUUUCCAUACUACUUCAACCCCGAAUCCGAAGACAUGAUCAAGAUGGCCACCGUCACGAUCCGCAACUUUCUCUCGUACCUCAUGUACCACGAUGUCUGCCCAGAACACAACGCGAAUAUCGACGAAGCUCGCAAGUCCUGCGACAUUGCAGGCAAGGAACUCUGGCGCAACCAGAAAUUCACCGUGAAAUCCCCCGGCGACUUCAACAAGGCAAGCUCGACCCUUUUCGGUGGCUUCUUUUUCGAUACCUACGUCGAAGACGACCAGUGGUCGAACCCCAAAGAUGAUACGGUGCGCAUGACUAACGACAUCGCCCGUAAGGUGGUCAAAUUUGCCCUAACCGGCGCCGGAAACGACGAACAGGCCCACCGCUUCCAGCGACUUGCCAACGAGAAUAGUCUGCGCGCGAUGCGGAUCGAAGAUAUUGAUGGGUUCGAAGUGAUGGCCGUGAUAAUGCCUGACGGUGACACUCGGGAAUUCUACGAGUACCACGCUUCUGAUCUGCAUCCUGUUGGACGAUUGCUGGGUAAGGCGUAUCGGGACCCCGGUAAGCCUGUGUACGACCUUAGUCCUGAAGAACGGAAGGAAUGGGAGUCGGGAAAUCAGCCCGCGGAUGAGUUUGAGUUCUUUCUUGAGGAGGAUUUGCUGAAAGAAUGUUAUCCGGGGAUGAAGGUGAUCACGUCGGUGUUUGAGCUCAACUGCGGAUUGCAUUUCUUUGAUGAAAUCUUCACGGCGUAUAGCUCGGUUUACACGGUACUGGCGAAUGAUCUCAUGUUUGGAUGGAAGAAGCCAAAGGAUUUGGUGAAUGGAGAGGAUGAUGAUGACGAGGAUAAAGAUGGCAAGGGUGAAUCUGAAGCAAAGAAUGAGAACGAGAAACAGGAAGCGGAAGAUUGCAUCUGAGCAGCCAACGAGAGAUAGCAUGAUAUCACAUAAUGCAUUCAAUAUAAUUGUG